AUGGUUCAUUAUUUAUAUGUUCUUAAAGAUGACUCGGGCGUCAAAAAUCAGGUAAUUUGCAAUUUAGUUGGAGAAAUCUGGAAAAGUACUUAUGUAUUCAAUAUAACUCAACUGCCAGAACGUUGUGAUAUAAUUGCAGUAGCUCAAUUUGCUUUUGACCGUACUGAGGGUGACCAAAUAUUGGAAUCAGAUAAAGGUAUAAUAACAAGCUUAGUAGAAGCUAAGAAAACUGUUUACACAAGCAUUGGGUUCGUGUGUGAAGAUGAUUGGCCUGCAAUAUUUGAUCCCCCGGAUACAGGCGUAUUUCAGAAAGACUUUUUUGAUCCUUUAAUCAAUUUAUUAAAUGCAUCAAAAGUGAAUGGUAUUCUUAUUUAUUGUAAAUACAUAUAUGAUGUUCCCGUAAUAGAUUUUGCGGUAAAAUUAAGUAACUUUGUGUCUGCAGUUAAAAAUAAAACAGAUAAUUUAAUAGUUGGUUUAAUCAUAACUGGUUCAUACUAUUUCAAUUUUCCGAAUAAUUCACUUUUUGAUUUUUCAAUAACAAAUGAAGCAUUGGAUCUUUAUAUCAUUGAUUGGUCAAAUUUAAACAUAUGUGACAACGAUACAGUAAAAUAUGGUCUCAGUCCAAUAACAUCUAAUAUUUUGGAUAUGGUAACUAUUGAACAAGUUAAUGGUGGUAUAACUAAUUCAUCUAUGGAUAAAUCAAAAAUAUAUGCUAUGAUUCAAAUGCUUCCAGUAAUUCCAAAAAAACUUGUUCCCAAAAGUCCUUGGUGUAUUACAACAUAUUCAAUAUAUUGUAGCAGUACAAAUCCAACUAAUUUAUCUCAAUGGUGUACUAACCCUUCAAAACUUUCAUAUGAUCAAGGAGCGUACGCAAAACAAUCCUAUGUUGGAAUUGCCCUUGAACAUCUUGAUACAGAAGAUUAUGAGGGCUUUUGCGAUUGUGAGAAAUUUCCAGUAACAAACCUAAUUAUUGAUGGAUGGACGGCAAGCCCUUUUAAAACAUGUCCUAAACUAGAUCAUAAUUAACCGAUUUUAAUUAAAAUAUGUAUUUAUAAUAUUUUAAUGUUUUAUUCUGUAUUGUAAU